AUGGAAACGAGGAAGUCUCCGAAACGUCAGUUCGAAUGCAAUAUGGUCCAUGAAUUCGCCCUCUCUUCUUCUUCGUCUUCUUCGGGAGAUGAUGAACGCGAUACAAUGUCAGGACCUCGAAUCUUUACGCAUAUCGAUGUAUGCUAUGGACGCACAGCCCUCCGCUCAGCACGCAGAUGGGAGACCUUCGCGAAGCGGGAGUCCUCCACCUAUGCUCAGCUGAAAUUCCUCCACAGGUGCCUUGAUGAGGACGUCUUACCGAUAUGCCUCAAAUAUAGACCGCCUGUGAACACUGACCUUUGCCGACGGACGAUGGCGGACUUCAAGAAGAAAAUGAUCAGGGUAAUGAUACGAGACUGCCACGCCCGCAUCCGCAAAUACCGCCAGAUGAUUGAACAUCAUUCGUCAACUUGCCAGUCGAUCUUUACGGUAAACCGUUGUCCUUAUCUUCCCGUCUGUCAAUCUCGUGACUUGUACGUCCAGUAAGGGCAACUGAUUGUUGACUUCCUCUUCCAUAGUAAACUGAAUAUCGGGAAACAUGGAGUUCAACAAUGCCACGAGCUGGGGGUCCUCAAAGCGGCAAUUCUCGACAGCGCACGGCGUCACCGCAAGUUGCGUGAUGACCAGUUGUCUGGGAAAUUUGAGAAAAUAAGUCCGCCAAAGCAGCCUUCUACUGACGGUGCCUUGGUUCACAACUUGUCCUCUCAUCGUUUCACUCAGCAACAACUAGCGGUUCUAUCCUAUGACGCGAAGUUCAACACAAGAGAUGCUCUACCAGAAGACUUUAUUGCAUCCUUUGAAUCGGCGCUCCAGAAGUGUGAGGCAGGCGAGGAGUGCAAAAACGCCAUGCGACAACAAGUGUCGACCUUACUCCUCCAACACAAACGCCAGAUGACGAUUUCUAAAGCAGAAGAUCGAGAACUUCUGAAGAUACGAAAAAUGAAGGAUAUCGUCACCCUGCCCGCCGACAAGGGGCGCUCGACUGUCGUCAUGGAUAAGGCUGAGUACUGCACAAAACUAGGCAACCUCUUAAUGGACAAGGAAGCUUAUGUGCCAUCGACCGUCAGCGAGUUGAAAAAGCUCGUAAACGGCAUAAACAAUACGAUCGGCAAGCUGAGGAAGACGGGAGCUCUUACGAGAAGGGAGGCGUUGGCCGCAAAAGCCAGUGAUACCGCGAUGGCACGCUUCUACGGCCUACCAAAUGUCCUCAAGCAGGGGGUGCCCCUACGCCCCAUCGUCUCCUUACGUGGUAGUCCAACCUUUGGGCUGUCAAAGUGGCUGUACCAAUGA